CUCCAUCACACAAUGGCCCCCAACCAGCGCAUCGUUCCCUCCGGCUCUGGCCGCGCCCAGAAGGGCUUCGUCAGCACCAUCUACGAUGAGGCCACCAACCCCGAGAACAAGACCAUUGUCCGCAGCAUCCUGAUCUUCGGUGCCGGUGUUGCAUUCCUCCACAGCAGCCUCGGAGAGUUCCUCCUCCCUCCCAUGUAAAAUCUUGACGCCCUUUAUACCUCCGGUGAUACGACUCGGACCUCCCCUUUUCA